AUGGCCGACAAAGUCAACAUGUCUCUGGACGACAUCAUUCGGCUGAACCGCAGCCAGCGUGGCGGCAGCGGCGGGGCUAGGGACCGAGGCCGGGCCGGCUCCCAGGGAGGCCGCAGUGGCGGAGCGCAAACCGCCGCACCAGUGAGCCGGGGCGGCGGGCCGUUCCGGAACCGGGCGGCCCUCGACCCAGGCAGGAACUGGACGGCGCCCUACAGCAGGCCGAGACAGCUUCCCAACGAGUGGCAACACGACCGCUUCCGCAGGGGCUUGGGCAGGGGCGCAGGCCUGGUGACCGGGGGCAAGCUGCUUCUGUCCAACCUGGCCUUCGGAGUGUCCGACGCGGAUGUCCAGCAGCUGUUUGCAGAGGUCGGGCCUCUGAAGAAGGCCGGGGUCCACUAUGACCGCUCCGGCCGCAGCCUGGGAACAGCCCACGUGCACUUUGAGCGGAAGGCAGACGCCCUGGAAGCCAUGAAACAGUACCACGGCGUCCCUUUGGAUGGCCGGCCCCUCCACAUCCAGCUCCUCACAUCACAGAUACCCACGCAGCGCAGGCCGGGGCAGAGUGUCAACAGAGGCCGGCAACGGAUCUCCGCGGAGGAGUUGGACACCCAGCUGGACGCUUACAACCCCCUGAGGAGCGACAAAAUCUUGGACGCCCAGGUGAACACUGGCAGCGGGAUCAGGGGCACCGAGGAGUUGGAGGACGCCCUGCUGGACGCUGACGAACCCAUGAUGGGCACCAGCUAA